AUGAGAUCUUCAAUCUUACAGAAAUUUUUGUUAGAAUAGGAGGGUAUGAUUCUUACGAAUGAAAAUAAUUUCUUCAAAACUUCAAAAUGUAACAGUGUCCAAUGUGAAGAUGAACUUCUUUACACUUGUCCCAUUCAAGAACACAAAAAUGAUUUUUCCUGCUCAGUAUUGAAAUCAGCAUCUGAUCAGUCCAUAAAUAUUGAAGGAGAAAAAUAUUCACCAUCAUUCACAGAUGAAAUAAUUAAUAGUAAUGAUUCAAGCUCACCAAAGUACGAAAAGAUUGAAAAAGGUACAGAUAAUUUCAAAAUUGAUGGUAUUUCCCCUUGCCAGAAUCAUUUUUUCUUUACUAAUGAAGAUCAGUCUACCCUUUUUAAUACCACAUGUUCAGUCAAAAAUGAUUCUAAUAACGAAAUACAAAACAGAAAAAUGUAUUGCGAGCCCAAUCUCUGUAUUACACCAGAAGAAUCGAAAUUAGGUGUUGGAAAUGAAAUCAUGAUUGUGAAUUAUCAAUUUGCAAGAAAAGGAGCAACCGAGGAACCUAAAAAUGUUAAAGAAAGGACUCCAAAUAUUAGUUUAAAUGAAAACCCAAAUACAAAACCACCUUGCUGCCAACACAACAAACAAAAUUAUGAUUCUAAACAACCUCACUUACAAUCUCAGGAGAAACCUAAGGAAAAAACAGAAAACACUGGAAAGGGGACUUUCAAUAUGAUGAAUGAAGAACAGAAACAAGAAAACAAUACACCUUUUCAUAAGCUGUUUCCUCAUCAUCUAGAAAGUUCUUUUAUUACCAAGGAAUUCAAAACAUCGUUUUUUGAUGAUUUUGUAGAUCCCAAUGCUCCUUAUUUUUCCUAUGCAGGUCAUGAGACCUUUGGUUGUAGCUCUGACUGCUUAGGAAUGAAACUAGCAACAAAUUUCCAGAUGCCAACAGAAAAAAUUGUUCAUAUACCGGUACCAAGUUAUUACGAUUAUAACCCCCAGGUGUGCUACAUGGAACCUAAAUGCUGCAGUAUGUCAUGUCAAGGAAUACCCUACAGGAAUCAAAGAUGUGGAAUAUUUCAACGAGAACCAAAAGUAUACCCUGAAAGCAUCAUUCCUAAUUCUUGUUGUAACAAUUUCAUGUUCUCUGAAGAUGCUGUCUUGAAUGAAACUGAUAUGUUUCAAGAUAUAACUUCACAUCAGAGGCAUAUGGAAUGCUGUACCUGCAAAAAGCCAACUGAUUUCCACUUGCGAAAUAAACCGCCUGAAACAAAGAAAAAGAAGUGUUUUGCUUGUUGCAAAUCAGGCAAAGUGGAUCAGGAGGAACUUUCUAGCAAAUCUAAGCCUACUGUAGAAAAAAGAGAACAAUACAUUCAGUGUAAAAGAUCAGAUCAAGAAGAAUGUUUCACACAUCUUACACCUUGUUCUGUGAGGAAUGAAGCUAAUUUUAAAUGUUGUGUUCCUCCAAAUAUCAGCUACAUAAGAAGCCCCUUUCCUCCAAAGAUAAUUCCAAAUCAGAGAAUUCACACUGAUACUCAUUUCAAAUGUGACAGGAACUGCCCACUCAAGGUGCAACCGGAGAAAGAAUCGCAAUUGAGAUCUCAACCAAUAACAAAAUCUGUUGCAUGUGAAUGUGGGGAUAAACAACCUCCCAUCGGGUUCAACGAUGAUAAAAUUGAUGUUGGAAGAAAUAUAACAAUCCAAAUAAUGCCCUGUGGUCCUCCAGCCAGAGUCUGCUCAGAGCAUCGGAAUAUAGCUGUAGUAGCAUGCCCUAAAGUAGUAGAGAAAAUCACUUAUCCUAUCAACACUUGCUGUGAAGAAAAACUGCUUGGAAAACCAAAUGAACAAGUGUGGUACCAGCCGUACAUGAGAGACUUAAGAUCGCCAGUCCGUUAUAAUGAUCAAGACCAUUAUCAGGGAGAUAAAUUGAAGGAAAAACCUUUUACAAGGUGGUGGAACUGUAACUGGAGAAGUAAGAAACCGAGUACGCCAUACCAAAGAAUCCCCAAUCAAGUAGAAAGACGUGACUGCUGCACUACAACAUGCCAAGAGUUCGACGAAGGUGAUUUCGAAACAGUUACUAUCACGAACUGUCAACGCGUGCUACCGAUCAAAAAUACCUACAUCAACAGGGACGGUAAUCUCCUCAAAUCCUUGCAUAGGCUGAAUAAAGGCCUCUUGAAUGAUCUCUUUGCAACGCCUUGCCCUUCAUCAUCAUCGGCCUGCCAAUACGGGUGUUCCCGUAAGAUUAGGGGAGCUCCCUAUCCAGUGUGCGCGACUGCUAAUCCAUUAUGUUAUGCUGCUAAGCCUCAAACUAUCCACCAAGGCAGUCAAUAUGAACCUGACUGUAACGAGAGGGUAAAAACAUUCGACUCGUCCAAGGACAUACUGUUUGAAUGCUUGAAAUACUUGAAGAAUGGAGCUCAGAACGACAAUCAAUGUGACUAUGUCGACGAAGAUUGUUGUUGCUGCUGCUGUUGCCAAAGUUUCCACAAUUGCUGUUGCUGCCACAGAACACCGAGAUGCUGUGAAAGCAAAGAAAUCCUGGCACCCAAAGUAGAAGAAAAGAAGUCGAAGUCCUGCCGUUGUAGAAGUGUUGAAGCGAAACAAUCUUGUAAAAAUUGCGGAACCAUCGUAUCAAACCACUGUUUCACCAAAGUUGAAACAGUUUGCACGAAUACCGAAAUUAGACCAAAAACGCCUAAGCCUAAAAUGAAAAGACGCGUCUGUUGCAAGCGACGAUGUUGCUGCUGCUGCAAUCAAAAUAGGAAUUGCUGUUGCUGUUGCGAUCAAUGCUGUUACAGCGAACCCACUACAUGUUGUCGUAAAGUACGUAAAGGCUGCUACGGGGAGCAUUUAAUUUAUCGCUGUGAAUGUGAAACCAAUCCUGUAUUUUCAAGUUCAAAUUUGGCAAGUGAAAGCACCGAGAUGACACAAAACGCCAAAGAUACAUCUUUGGAAAAAUGCAUAGAAUUAUUAACAUCAAGAAUAAACGACAAAGUUUCCAAGGAAACUUUAUUAUCGAAUAGAAAAGAAAACGCAAAUGCCAAAUCUUCUGAAUAUUCAAAUACUACUGAAAAAUCAACCAGUACAACAAAAGAUGUUGUGAUAAAAACUAUAACUCUAGACUUAUGCGAUCUCGGUGAGAAAAAGUUCUCAAAAUUUGGAGUGCCUUCUAGACAGUACCCUUGGACCAUUAAUUCGCUCUUAUCAGAUAUGCCUCAUGAAAUUUAUAGAUUCGUUGGAAUCGACAAAAUCGAUAAUAAUCCCUUAAUAGAGAAGGUAUACGAUGAUCCUACACCUUGUUUGAAACCUCAAGUACUUCACGAUGAUGAUCAAAACGAGAUAAACGAACAAAACGCGGGUGGAGAUAUUGAAAAAUUAUGCGAGGUGAAGAAGCGAUACCUUUCCACAAUAUGCGAGGCUCUAUUUGAUAAUAAACAACGGCACAAUACGACCAAAGAUGUUUUCUUUAUCAGGGAUAAACGGAACAAUUUUUCCGAUUUAUGUAACAAUUCACAAAUCGAAAACAAACACGAAACCCACCAAAAUGGAAUGGAUGAAGGGGAAAAACACCAUCCCGUUAAUUUUCCUGAAGAUCACAAAACGAUCGAAGAUACGCUAAAAUUGGCUGAUGAUAAAGCUCCGAUAAAACAAGAUGAGACAAUUAUAGAAAGUAAAAAACAUAAGCCGAGCAAAUCGAUAUCCAAAACUUCUCAAAGUAUAUCCAAAGUAUCUUCGAAUAUUUCAAAAAAAACUUCGAAUAUAUCUAAAGCAUCUUCCAAUAUUUCUAGGACGUCGACUAAUAUGAGUAUGAAUUAUACGCCGAAACCAUUUACAACAAAAACUGGUUUGAUGUCAUUCAUUCCAUCCUUUAGAGAUACUAGCAGAAUUUCUCCACAAAUGAAGAAAAAUAAGAAGAAAACAACACCCACUCUAAAAACAGAAAACAAUGCUAAUAUAUCGGAGUCACAAAAUAAAAACAAAGUAGAAAGUAAAACAGGCAAAGACAAUCAUUCCCUGUCCAAUGAAAUUGACACAGUUCCAUUAAAUAUGCCUAAACCCACAAGUCAAAAUGAAGAAGUAACAAAUGAUCAAUAUGAAACAGAAAUAUUAAUUACGAAAGAUAUGCAAGUUUUCGAUAAAGGCGAUUUAGAAGAGAAGAAAAAAGAAGAGGAAGAAUUGAGAGCAGAUUUAUUAAUCAGCAAACAAGUAACACAAACUAACAAAACCUUCGAUCUCAAGAAAUUCAAUGAGGAAAUGCAUGCUUUCUAUGAAAAAUGUUUCAAAUCACCAAAUAUUUCAACGGCGGACAAGAUAAUUCCUUUCUACAACGCAAGUGUUUCAGAUAUCAUUAAAAGUUUAGAGUCUCGGAGCUCAGUGAACUUUUCACAAAUGAACACACAAGAGGGAAACGAAACUAAUUCCAGUCCAACACUUACUGAUCAAAAAUCUAAUGAUAAUAUUACCUUCCCAUGUAGAAGUAACGUCGAAUUUUAUUCAGAAGUUUUUCAAAGAUCUUAUGAAUCAAGCAACAUGAAAAUACCAAAAAGAAUUAUGUCAAAAUCUGAUCUCAUUUCCCUGAAUUGAUAGUAAUUAUAUGUGCGGAAUAAAUGUUUCAAAUAUAAAUGUUUUGCUAAU